AUGGAUGUUCAACAGCUUUUUACAAAUCUCAGUAAGGAAGCGGAAUGCCCUCUGUGUUUAGAAACGGUCAAUAAUCCCAAGACUUUGCCAUGUCUUCACUCAUUCUGCGUCGAGUGUCUAGACAAACAUGCAGGCUUCGCAAGAAGACAGCUUCAAGCGACAAUCAAAUGUCCGGUUUGUCAGACAUCUUUUCAAAUCCCCGAAGGCGACUCGUUCAAGAACUUGCCCACAUCUUAUCAUCUCAACCGAUUGGUGGAUGUUCUCGCUCUUAAAGAUGGCGGCACACAGGCCCAGAAAUGCGGCAGUUGUGAAGAGAACAACACUGCUUCCUCUUACUGUUUCGUCUGCCAAAACUUUUUCUGCACUGCUUGCUCUGAAGCUCAUCAACGCCUGAAGACCACAAGAGCUCAUCGCAAUGUGUUGAUAAAGAAAUUACAAGCGCAAGAUGUUCAAGAGUUGAUCCACAGACCCGUCAUGUGUUCACAGCAAUAUCACGAAAAUCAACCGCUGGAAUUUUAUUGCGAAGAAUGCAAAGUUCCCAUAUGCCACAAGUGCAGUGUAGUUAGCCAUAAUCGACACACCAUGACAGACACUCAGAAAGCCGCGCAAGUACAGAAGAUGCAAAUGAAGGACGCCUUAGAGAAAGUGGAAGCGAAAAUUGCUGUGUGCGAAAUGGAAGUAAGGAAGAAGAAUGAGAUGAUACAAAAAAGCAGAAAAGAAGCUAUGGCUGCAGAAAAGAAGAUGAAAGACACUGUGAACGAAUAUAUCUGUGAAUUGCAGCAACACGAAAGGACCAUGAACGACAAGUUUGCUGAAAUUUAUGAAGCGCAACAAAAACAUCAAUUAACGCAACUAGAAAAUUUUGAGUUAUUUUUAACUCAACUGAAAAGUUGCGUUGAGCGAGGUGAGAGUAUCAUUGAAAGAAACAUCAGCGCUGAAAUUGUGCAAACUAAUCAGGCCAUUAUUAGACGCUGUGAAAACCUGCUAAAUGGGAAAAAACCGGAAAUUUAUCGACCUUCCCAUGUGUAUUACGUGGUGGACAGGAAAGCGAAUGCUUUUGAUCGCAUUCUGAGCCUAAUAAGCAUUAGUGAUCCGUCGAUUUCGUCACUUGAAGUCGAAAGUCAAAAAGAUGUAACAGAAAAAACAGAAACAAAUUUCUCCAUUGUAACCAGAACUUCGGAUGGGAAGCAAUGUUAUCGGGGACAUGUUGGAUUAGAGGUCAAAAUUUUCACUCCAGCAGAUGAUCAACUAAAAACAGACAUAAAAGACACCAAAGACGGCAAGUACACAGUGACAUACACACCACAGUGUGUUGGACAACAUAGAGUAGAGAUCCAAGUUAAUGGACAGCCGCUGACUGGUAGUCCCUGGUUUGUGCAGGUGAUUCCGCAUCAGUAUCAAUUUUCUUUUCAGUUUGGAUCAAAAGGAAAAGAGCAGGGGGAGUUUGGUCAUCCAUCCUUAAUUGCUGUAAGUGAUAAAACUGGAAGGAUUGCUGUGACCGAUACCGAAAAUGACAGAAUUCAGAUUUUUGACUUCGAGGGAAGAUUCCUUGGAGUAAAGCUUCCUGCCUCUUUCGUAUUUACUGGAUCUGAUGGCGACUUUAUUUACUCAGUGGUGGAAGACAAUGAACGAAUUUUCCUGUGUACUGAAAAUGGUCAGCACAUCAGGAGCAUCGACCGUAAACAAUUAAAUGAACCAACCUGUGUUGUUUUAGAAAAUGAUGGCCGGCUCAUCAUAUGUGACUUAAAGGGCAAAAAAGUUAAAGUACUUACCCCUGAUGGAAAACAUGAACUUCUGUCGUUUAGCGCUCCAGGUUGUGAUGUAGGUCCGGUUUAUGCUGUUCAUCAUCGGGACAAAUUCUUUGUUUCAUAUCCAGAUGCUAACCGUGUCAUAGCUUUCAACAACCGUGGAGAGUAUGUCCAUGACAUUGGCAGCGAAGGAUCUGGUGACGGGCAGUUGAUGUUUCCCUCUGGACUCGUUGUUGACAAGUUUGACCAUCUCAUCGUUUGCGAUACAGGAAAUAGAAGACUGCAACUAUUUACACUUGAUGGCAAAUUCAUUACGAGGAUAUCAGAGAGCUUUUUCGAAAAUGGCGGUCUUGCUUCUUGUGCCGUGUCUAACAAUGGACAUUUGUUUGUUUCUGACAUCGAUAACAACUGCGUUUAUGUUUUCAGUUGCAGCUCUAAGUAA